AUGAACGCUCUCAGUCCACAGAUCACCAACUUGGUGAUCAUCCUCGGGAUGAUGCAAGUGUCGAAGAGAAUACCCUUUGACGACCCUCAAGUCCUGAUGGGAGUUCGAAUUCUUUACGUUGUGUCCAACCUGAUCAUUUUCGGCAUGUACUACUACAUCAGCACAAAGAUAAAGGCGAAAAGAGAUAUGACCACCCUCAAAUAUGUGGAACCCGCGCCCAUGGGUUCGGGAGAGGAGCCCAAACUCGUCACGACUACGAUCCAAGAAUACGAUCAAAACCAGGUGACCGCAGCCUACAAAGGUCAAUUGAUGGGUGUCGCUAUGAUGGCAUUCAUGCACUUGUACCUCAAGUACACCAACCCACUCCUUAUCCAGUCCAUCAUCCCAGUCAAGGGCGCCUUCGAAAGCAAUUUGUUCAAGGUCCAUAUUCUCGGAAAACCGGCCGUUGGUGAGCUCAAGCGUCCCUGGAAGGCUUCUGGCGGCAUGAUGGGCAUGGGUCAGGGAGAAACAAAGACCGACAAGGCUAGCAUUGAGGCUGCCGAGAGAGCUGGUCGUGGCGGAGCCAAAGAGGAAUAG